UUGGCGGAUUUCUUACUUGUACUUUUUUCCACGAAAACAAUUCAUUGYAAAAAUGAAAGAAUUUUACUCWAAAUCAGUUUUCUAACAAUCAUGCAUGAUGCCUUUGAGCAUGUACCAAUCUUGGAGAAGCUGCCUUUGCAAAUUGAAUGUAUCGCAACCUAUGGUGAUUAUCUGUUAGUUGGGACAAGGCCAGGUCAUCUGUUAUUAUAUUCUGUUACAGAUGGAUCAGGUGACAACAGAUUCAAAGUUGAACUGCGCAGUUCAAACAAACUUUUCUCCAAGAAACCAAUACUUCAGUUGGCAGUUGUGGAAGAGCUGAACUUGUUAAUUAGUUUGUCAGACUCUGUUGUUAGUUGCCAUCAUUUGGACACUUUUGCUAUUAUAUCAUCCAUAAGCAAGACAAAAGGGGCUACAUACUUUGCUGUGGAUUUAAUUGUCAGGAAGGCUUCAUCAGUAUUUGAUCCAUCACCUCCAUUUGAACUGAAACUCUGUGUAGCAGUUAAGAAGAAAAUCCAGCUGUACACUUGGAAAAGUGGUGAAUUCCAAGAAAUUCCSCCAGAGUUAGGUGUUCCUGAUAUUGUACGAGCUGUAGUAUGGACAGGCGAUAGUCURUGUGUUGGAUUUAAGAGGGAAUACACUAUUAUAAAGGUCAAUAGUGGAGUUUCAACUGACUUGUUUUCUACUGGGAGGCAUUUAGAGCCUACAAUUGCAAAAUUACCAGAUAAUCAACUUAUCCUAUGCCGAGAUGACAUGAGUAUACUAACAGAUAGUUCAGGAAAGCACACCUCUAAACAAUCCAUAACCUGGUCAGACACACCCAUAGCUAUUGAAUAUGUUGAACCAUACAUCAUUGGUGUUCUUCCAAGAUAUGCAGAAGUGCGCACAAUAAGCCCAAGAGCAAACAUUCAAAGUAUAGAGCUUCAAAAGCCACGAUAUAUAGCCAAAGGAAAACAUGUUUACAUUGCAUCAAUGUCACAUGUAUGGCAGCUUGUUCCUGUGUCUAUUCCUAUGCAGAUACAACAGCUYYUGCAGGCUAAAGAAUUCAAUUUAGCCCUUAUGCUUGCUAGUUUAUCUCAAGAACCAUCUGCUGAAAAGGCAAGGCGUAUAGAUAACAUUCAGAAUCUAUAUGCAUUUGAAUUAUUUUGUCAAAAGAGAUUUGAUGAAUCRCUUCAGUUGUUCGCAAGACUGCAAACAGAUCCAGCACAAGUCAUAGGUUUAUUCCCUGAUCUUUUACCAAACGAAUUCCGUAAACAGCUAGAAUAUCCUGAUUCUAAACCUGAUCUGAAACCAAGUGAAGUUGAAAAAGGCUAUGUUGCCUUAAUAGAGUAUUUAACUCAGAAACGCAAUGAACUCAUAAAAGCAACUGAUAAAUUUGAGGAAAGCAAGAAACGGAAUCAAGUGGAAUUUAAACCGAGUGAAGASGAAAUAAGAGCGCAAAAGAAUUUAAGACAAAGACAGCAGAUAAUAGACACAACUAUGCUUAAGUGCUAUUUACAGACAAAUGAUGCUUUGGUAGCUUCCUUGUUGCGAYUAAAAGACAACAAUUGCCAUGUUGAAGAAAGUGAAAGGGUUUUGAUGCAGCAUAAAAAAUAUAAUGAACUGGUUGUCUUGUACCAGACUAAAGGCCUCCAUAAAAAAGCUUUAGAUCUACUUCUGAGACAGGCACAAAAGGCAAGUGGACCUUUAAAAGGMCAUCAAAAGACAGUCCAGUAUCUACAGAGACUAGGACAAGACCACCUUAAGCUUAUAUUUGAUUUCUCAGUGUGGGUAUUAAAGGCUCAUCCAGAUGAUGGUUUAAAGAUAUUUACCGAAGACUUGCCAGAGGUAGAAAGUUUACCUAGAGAUCAAGUUUUAGAGCACAUUGAACAGAAUGCAAAGGGUUUAGUCAUCCGAUAUUUGGAGCAUGUAAUUUUUAUUUGGUUUGAGACAAAUCCAAARUUCCAUAACAAGUUGAUCAAUUGUUAUCGUGACAAAGUUCAAUUACUAAUGAAGGAAUAUAUUGACUCUUUGCCAGAGGAUGAGACUCCUGUACCACCUGGUAGUGAGCCUGGUGAACUGGGUGAAUUGCGUGGUCGCUUAUUAUUUCUCCUUGAAACUUCCAAAUAUUACCAAGCAGAAACCUUGUUAACACACUUUCAAGAAUCAUUUUACCACGAACGAGCAUUGCUUCUUGGACGUGUUGGGCGCCAUCAAGAAGCUCUYGCUAUAUACAUCCAUAUGCUUAAAGAUCCACGACUAGCAGAAGAGUAUUGUCUUCGUACKUACUCAGAAGAACGUGAAGGAAGUAGUGAAGUCUAUGUGUCCCUAUUGCGCAUGUAUUUGGAGCCUCCAAACAUGAAGGAUCUGAAUGCAAAAACAAAYAUACCAGCAGCAUUAAAUGUACUGAAACAACAUCAUCAGAAAAUAAGCACAGCAAAGGCUCUAGAGUUGCUGCCCCCAAAUAUUGAAGUGCGYGAAGUUUACGACUUUUUAAUGGAUGUCUUGGAAAGUAAAGAAACUAAAAGGAAACGCAGUCAAAUGCUUAGGAGCUUGCUGUUUGCAGAACACCUUCAGGUUCAGGAGCAAAGAAUGUUCUACCAAGGUCAUAAAAUCGUACUGACAGAGGAGAGGGUGUGUAGAGAAUGUCACAGAAGAAUUGGAAACAGUGCAUUUGCUUGCUAUCCAAGUGGGGAGAUCAAGCAUUUUUAUUGCUACAARGAUCCAAAUGUUUCUGCCAUUCAAGAUAUCACAGCAGUGGAUAGUACAUGAAGUGUUAGGUACAGUGAUUUCAGAGUCCUUUUAAGGAAAAYGUCAGGGUGAGACUAUUACCUCUAGAUAAUAUUACACCUGUUUGCAAAAAUGUUGCCACCAGAGAAAUAAAGUAUUUUGUACUUUAGUUAGAAGGAAUACAUUU